AUGAGCGGCCUCUUCACACAGCCGCCGGUCGACCCGGACGCGCCGGGCAUCAGCCACACGACCAUCGCGGUGACGUGGGUCUUCACGUGCCUGGCCAUCAUCACGGUGGCCGUGCGGUGCUGGGUGCGCAAGAAGUACCACCGGUGGAACAGCGACGAGUGGAUCAUGCUGGCGGCGCUGGCGCUGCAGAUCACGUACCAGGCCUUCAUCACCUUGGCGUGCAACUGGGGGAUGGGCAAGGACUUCAUCAACAUGACGCUCGAGGAGUUCAUGCAGAGCCAGAAGUGGGAGUUCUUCGCCAUCACGCCCGCCCAGCUCGUGUCGCUCGUCGCCCGCAUCUCCAUCGUCAUCCUGCUGGCCCGCAUCUUCGGCACCACGCGCGUCUGGUUCAAGUGGUUCCUCUUCGGCUUCAUGGCCCUGCAGGUCGUCGUCGGCGUGCUCGGCCUCGUCUUCAGCUGGGUCUCCAAGUUCCCCAUCGAGACGCACUGGAACCCCAUGAUCGUGCCCACCAGCCAGAUGGACGAGAGAAUAAACCAGUACACGUCGCUGGCCUUGCAGUUCCUGUUCGCCAUCUCGGACCUCCUCUACGUCGUCAUGCCCGUGUGGUUCGUGUGGAGGGUGCAGAUGAAGCGCAACCGCAAGAUCGGGCUCAUAAUCCUGCUCAGCCUGUCCAUCGUCACGGCGGGGGCGUCCAUCACCAAGAUCGUCAUCAUCAUCAUGGGGCUGAUGGGCACGCUGCCCGACUCGUUCUCGCCGGAUUUCGGCGGGACCGUGUUCCUCACGUCCAGCAUCGAGCAGUCGCUGGUCAUCAUCAUGGGGUGCAUCCCGACGCUGGGCCCGCUGUCCAAGCUGCAGUACACCGCCUUCUUCAGCGCCGUCGGCGACUCCAUCAUCAGCCUGCUGACCACGCGCCGCCGCAGCCCGCGCGGCAGCGCCACCGGCUCCGUCUACCCCGGCGGCGAGGACGUCGAGAUGGGCGGCAAGCUGCGCAUCUCGGACGAGGCCUCGGCCCGUGCCCAGAAGCCCGCCUGGGAGGCCGGUUCUGGAUCUGGCCCCGGCUCCGCCAAGGGCAGCAGCAAGAGCCUGCAGAGGACUGUCACCUCGGCCAUCACGUAUUACGGCCACACCGAGGACGAAGUCCCCACAAAGUGA